UGAAGAGGAGGUUGUUAUGAACAGAACCAAUAAAUAAGGAGUAUUUGAACCCCCCCCUCCCCUCUGACCGGAUCAUCCCAACAGGAUAUCUGCUUCAACUUCUCCUUUGUGCAGAAACGGUUAAAAUUUCCUGUUUUCAAGAGGAGUGACCUCCGAAUUGCACAAUCAUCAAAAUCUCAGAGCAGUGACUCAGUAGCUUUGCAGAUUGCUGGCUGGAUGACUUUAUGUGCAGGUCGUCUGUUCUUCACAUAGAGGACCCCCCCUCCGUGCGCUGUUGUUCCUUUAAAAGGUUGAACUCCUGCUCGGUGUCUCCUCUGCGCACAGCUGUGCGCGCGCUCUUCUCCCAGCUGUGACAUGGCAAACGGGCUGCGUGCGCUCUCAGCGGUGUCAUCCUAAAAACAUGGAGGCUCUCCGGGACGCAGCCUGUGCGGCUCGGGGCUCGAUGAUGAUGAUGAUGCUGGUUUGGAUCCUCCUGAACGCGGCGCCAGGACUCAGCGCGGAGGAGCGCGGAAUGGUGGAAGAACUUGGAACGGAGAAGGAGGCGGAGGAAAGUCACCGACAGGACAGCGUCAAUCUGCUGACAUUCAUUUCGCUGCUGACUCUCACCAUUCUCACCAUUUGGCUCUUCAAGCACAGGCGGGUUCGCUUCCUUCACGAAACCGGGCUGGCAAUGAUUUACGGUUUGCUGGUCGGUGUGAUCCUACGUUAUGGCAUUCCAGCCGCCAGCUACCACAACAAGACACCCCCGAGCUGCUCGCUGAAGGAAGGACCUUCCAGCACCCUGCUGCUUAAUGUAAGCGGCAAGUUCUUUGAGUACACCCUGAAAGGUGAGAUCAACUUCAAAGAGAUCCACAACGUGGAGCAGAAUGAUAUGCUGCGUAAGGUGACCUUCGAUCCGGAGGUUUUCUUUAACAUAUUGCUGCCGCCGAUUAUUUUCCAUGCUGGGUACAGCUUGAAAAAGAGACACUUCUUCAGGAAUCUGGGCUCCAUCAUUACCUACGCCUUUCUCGGCACAGCAAUUUCAUGCUUCUUUAUUGGGAAUCUGAUGUAUGGCGUGGUGAAGCUUAUGAGGGCGGUUGGACAGCUGACGGAUAAGUUCUACUAUACUGACUGCCUUUUCUUUGGGGCCAUCAUCUCAGCCACUGACCCAGUGACUGUUUUGGCCAUCUUUAACGAGCUCCAUGCUGAUGGGGAUCUCUACGCUCUGCUCUUUGGAGAAAGUGUCAUGAAUGAUGCUGUGGCCAUUGUGCUGUCCUCCUCCAUCAUGGCGUACCAACCUGCAGGCGCAAACACACACAUGUUUGAUGCCUCUGCCUUCUUUAAAUCUGUGGGAAUUUUCCUCGGGAUUUUCAGCGGCUCCUUUGUGAUGGGUGCUGCCACAGGCGUCGUCACGGCUCUCGUCACCAAGUUCACAAAGUUGCACUGUUUUCCUUUGCUGGAGACGGCCCUCUUCUUCCUCAUGUCUUGGAGCACCUUUCUGCUCGCUGAGGCCUGUGGAUUCACUGGUGUUGUGGCUGUGCUUUUCUGUGGCAUCACGCAGGCUCACUACACGUACAACAACCUUUCUGAAGAAUCCACGAAGCGCACCAAGCAGCUUUUUGAGGUCCUUCACUUCCUGGCUGAGAAUUUCAUUUUCUCCUACAUGGGUUUGGCACUGUUCACCUUCCAGAAGCAUGUUUUCAGUCCCAUCUUUAUCACUGGAGCUUUUAUGGCCAUUUUUCUUGGCAGAGCGCUCAACAUUUACCCGCUGUCCUUCCUCCUCAACCUUGGUAGAAGGGACAAGAUCAGAGGAAACUUCCAGCACAUGAUGAUGUUUGCAGGUUUACGUGGGGCUAUGGCGUUCGCCUUGGCUAUCCGGGACACGGCCACCUACGCUCGGCAGAUGAUGUUUACCACAACGCUACUUAUUGUCUUCUUCACAGUCUGGGUAUUCGGAGGGGGAACCACACCUAUGCUUUCCUGGCUGCAUAUCAGAUUUUGGAACGGCAAAAGAUUUGAGGACGAGCACUGUCUGCACGGAGAGUGGGAGUAUUCCAGAGUCGGUGUGGAUCCAGAUCAAGACGUCCAGCCCUCUGGAGAUAGCUUCCAAGUCCUCCAGGGGGAUGGCCCCCAGGAAGACGGCCAAAGUAAAACCAAACAGGAGAGUGCUUGGCUCUUCAGGCUCUGGUAUACGUUCGAUCACAAUUACCUUAAGCCCAUUUUGACACACAGCGGCCCACCUCUUACCUCCACUCUGCCCAGCUACUGUGGGCCACUGGCCAGCUGCCUGACCAGUCCUCGUGCAUAUGAAAACCAGGAGCAGCUAAGGGACCCCGACAACGACUUUGUCCACAACGACGCAGAUCUGACCUUCACGUUUGGGGACACGGCCAUCACAGCCAACGGGGCGUCCGCCAGCAGGACGGAUGCCGCCGGGCCGGGCUGGAGUGCCAAUGGAAAAAGGAGCGGCAGCACGUCAGAGGAGGCCCUGGAGCGAGAGCUGGACUCCCGCGAGCAGGAGCUGCUGAGCCGAGGCACGCGCCUGGUUUUCCCCAUGGAGGAGCAUGUCUGACCCUCCUCGCCUGCCUUCCCUCCCACUCACCCUGCCUGAACUUCCACCCUCUCUAGUCGAAAGAGAAUCCUGCCAUCAGCUGUCUCCACUCCGGUGCAGGCAGAUUGCUCAUCCCUUCAGAGAUAAGAUGGAUCAAAGAUAUGGGAGCUGACAGGAAGGAAGGGUUCAUCAUGACCUGUAGCUUCCUCAAAGCCGGGGAGCAGAGCUCCAGGAGCAUUUCAUCCUCAUUAGAUAAGGAGUUUAUUCCAAAGAAGACACAAUACUCCUGUGGGGGUAGAAGGGGGGGAAUCUUUAGGCUUCUUCAGACUCAGUUUUUUUGCAAAAAAGGACAAAAAGUUUUCACGCCGGGAAAGGAAAUGAUGUAAAACCAUGCAAAGCAAUCUGUAUGUUCAAACAGAUAACAGUUAGUGGUUGAGCAGAGGGGGAAGACAUGUCUGAUCACGUUAGGAGACAUAUCACCCAUUAGCAUUGCCAAACCACCAAAAGUGACUUUGACAAAAAUUUCUGGAGGUAAAUGUCUACCUGAACACGUUCCAACUCUGCAUAGUUUAAGAAUACAAGCAUGUAAAUAACAGCAGUGGUGGAGUUUGUUUCCUUUUGGUUGAACUGUUCAUAAAGCCCAAUAACACAUGGUUAUAGACAGUAGGUGAAUAUCUUCUAUUCCCAUCCACCUGGAUCAUGUUCAGUGUUCAACUGUAUCUCAUGACACAAGAAGGAACAUCUGACAUCUUAAAAUUGCAUUAGCGAAUUAAAAAGGGCAUGAGGAUUUGCACUUUAGCUUAAAUGCCAGCUUAGAUGGUGAAGUAAAGAGCUGGCCAGUGUAGCAUUUCAUUCCAGCAUUGUCUGUUGAUCAUUUGAAUUUUCAAAGCACCUAUUAAUCCUAAAAUAUGCAGGACAAAGUAUGCAAUCUUUAUAUAGUGGAUAUAUUGAUGUUCUAAGAUAAAAUUAAGUCAUUAACUGUAGUAGAUUAGCUUGUUGUUUUUUG